AUGGCGGAAGUCAAAGACAUGCCCUCCGAUUCCCACAGGGAGGACAAGGAGGUUGGCGCCUUCGAAGUGGACGAUAUUCAGGACCUCAAGGAAUCCAAGGAGGACCGUGAAUUGACCGAGGCAGCUAUGGAUGCCGAGUUGCAACAACUGGAAGAGCGGCUGCAAUCGCUUCCCAAGCCCUUUUUUGAAGUCACAAUGAACAACCCCGCCCUUUUUACCUACAUCAUCGUCGCCUUUGCCUCUAUGGGAGGUCUGCUCUCCGGUCUCGAUCAGUCUCUCAUCUCCGGUGCUAUCGAUCUCCCCAAGGACCUACAUCUGAAUGACUCGCUGAACAGUCUGGUCAACUCCGGUAUGCCCCUCGGUGCCGUCGCUGGUGCCCUCAUCCUUUCACCUUCGAACGAAUAUCUCGGCCGUAAAAUGUCUAUCAUUGUUUCUUGCAUUCUCUACACCAUUGGUGCCGCCCUGGAGGCUGGUGCGAUGAACUUCGGUAUGAUCUUCGCCGGUCGUUUCAUUCUCGGAGCUGGUGUUGGUCUUGAGGGUGGUACUGUGCCUGUCUACGUCGCUGAGUGUGUCCCCAGUCGCAUUCGUGGUAACCUUGUCUCGGCCUAUCAAUUGAAUAUCGCGCUGGGUGAGGUCCUCGGAUACGCCAUCGCUGCUAUGUUCUUCUCAGUCACCGGUAACUGGCGCUACAUUCUGGGAUCCUCUCUGGUCUUCUCUACCAUUCUGCUGGUUGGAAUGAUAUUCCUCCCCGAGAGUCCCCGUUAUUUAAUGCACAAGGGUCGCGACGUCGCCGCCUACUCUGUCUGGAAGCGCAUCCGCGGCUUCGACGACUACGACUCAAAGGAUGAAUUCCUCGGCAUGCGCCAGGCUGUGACCGCCGAGCGUGAAGAGCAGCUUGCCACCGAGAAGUAUCCCUGGAUGGACUUCUUCACCAAGCCUCGUGCCCGCCGUGCCAUCGUGUAUGCCAAUAUCAUGAUUGUUCUGGGCCAGUUGACCGGUGUGAACGCUGUCAUGUACUACAUGUCGACACUGAUGAAGAACAUCGGCUUCGACGACAAGACCGCCAUCUUCAUGUCUCUGGUCGGUGGUGGCUCGCUUCUAUUUGGAUGUAUCCCUGCUGUGCUCUACAUGGAGCGAUUUGGUCGUCGCUACUGGGCCAACGCCAUGCUGCCGGGUUUCUUUGUUGGUCUUGUUCUUGUCGGUGCUGGAUACACCAUCGACUACAACACCCACCCCAAGCUUGCUGAGGGCCUCUACCUAACUGGUAUUAUCUUGUAUAUGGGUUUCUUUGGUUCCUACGCCUGUCUCACCUGGGUUAUCCCGUCCGAGGUUUUCCCCACUUACCUCCGUCACUACGGAAUGACCACCGCCGACGCGACUCUCUUCCUGUGCUCGUUCAUCGUCACCUACAACUUCACUCGCAUGAUGGAGUCCAUGACCCGGAUUGGCCUGACUCUCGGCUUUUACGGUGGCAUUGCCGUGCUUGGAUGGUUUUACCAGAUCAUCUUCAUGCCUGAGACUAAGAACCUUUCUCUCGAGGAGAUUGAUGAGCUGUUCUCCAAGCCUACUUCGGUCAUUGUGAAGCAGAACCUGAAGCAGACUUCCGAGGUCAUUCGUGAUCUGUCGCACUUCCGCUUCAAGAAGGUCUUCUCUCCUGAGCCUUACAAGAAGAAGUAA